CGCGCACACAGUUGGCGGCCGCGCGCAGGACGCUCAGGGCCGGGAUGGCGGCGGUGGCGCCUGGAAGCGGGGCUUCCCGGGAGGAGGAGGGUACCGGUGGGGACGCAACCACUCCGCAGCCCCCAGCCCCGACGAGUGCGCCCGGAGCUCGUCUCUCGAGGCUGCCUCUGGCUCGAGUGAAGGCCUUGGUGAAGGCGGACCCCGACGUGACUCUCGCGGGACAGGAAGCCAUCUUCAUUCUGGCACGCGCCGCGGUGCGGCUUGGGCACAAUGGGGCGGGGAUGGGGGGCCGCGGUGCGUGGCGACGGGCGGGGCUCGGGGCUCUUCCGAAGGGCGGGGCUUAG